AUGGAUUUUAUUUUGAUUUGUUUUAUUAUUUUUUACAAUUUGAUCGCUUUUUUUAUUAAUCUAAGAUUAAUAUAUAUAUUUGAGGAUCCUGAAGAUUCAAAAGGAUUUUUUAAUCAAGCUCUGGUAACUAGAAUAGUUGCAAUUUUGGGAUUACAGCUAAUAUGGGUAAAUUUUAUGUUGGUUCCAGUAAAUAUUAUAAAUGAGUAUCCAAUUAUAGGAUCCCAAGAAGUUAGAACAGUUAGUAUUAGAGCGUUUUUUAUGACAAUAAUGUAUCUGAACAUUUUUUUCACUUCAUUGGUUAUACCUUUCUCAAUAUUUUACUACGAAACUCAAUUUGAUACCAAAAUUGGAUUAAAUAGAUCUUACACUCCAUAUUUAGCUUCAUUCCUAUCUACUUUGGCUUGUUGGAUUUUUAUUGGAGGAAAUUAUGGGAUUUUCAGAGAGAUUAAUUUAGGAAGAAUUUCAAAAGAAACAUGUACAAGGUUAUCAAUAAUGGGAUAUAUCAACGAAACUGAUUGUACUGGAAGUGACAUAAUUCUGAAUGGUACAUUCUCAAUAGCUACAGCUGGAUUACUAUUAUUUAUUGGCUAUGCUUUUAAUAUUUUAUUUAUUGGAGUUGGAAGUGUUUUGAUUCCAAUUAAUUAUUUGUUCUCCAUCAUUAAGAGACCAAAACCUAUUGAUAUUCACUUAUAUCAGAAAAAAAAGCAGGAAAUAUAUCUAAUUUCUCAGGCAUUGUCUAAUAAAGGAGAAGAUUUAAAAAGAAGGUACGAUGAAAGUUCUAAAGGACUUGAGUCAGAAUUCUAUAUCAAUACAUAUUUUAGAACAUGGCACGGAAAUAGGGUUAUUAAACAAAAGAUAUACAAAUAUAAAAGUGAGGUUUUAGCACUAAGUUCAUAUUUUGAAAAUUUAGAAGAAAGAUUCAGGACCAAAGGACAAAAUAUCAUUUUCAUUGUCACUAAAUUAACACUUAUGUUCUUCACUUUACUAUUAACUGUAUCCAUAUAUGCAACAUUAAUCAUUCAUAUUGUUCUUAAAAACCCUCCAAAUUAUACUGGUAAUCAAUUUAUUAAUAUGGUUUUCAUAGCAUUCUCACUAGUAUUACCUGUAUAUAUUGGAUCAUGUAUAUGUUAUACUUGGAAUGUAAUGGCUAAAAAAGUAUGUUAUUGUUUACCAAUACAUGUAUUAAUCAAAUCACAAACACCAAUGAAUUCCAUCAUUUUCAUAAUUGGUAUAGUUCUAAUUCCAAUAUCUAAUAUUAUCUACAUUACAAAUUUAUCCAAUUCUUGGCUUUUCAAAUCUGAUCUUUACUAUAUAUUCCUUCUAGCAUCUAAUACAAAACUUAAUUAUAAAUUGAUACCUAAUCAAGUUCUUAUAUAUAGCUUUUUUGGAGUCUCUAUAUUCUCAAUAAUAAUACACUUACUUUCAUUUCUAUGGGAUAAUAGUAUUUCAGUACAAGAAGAAGUCCCUAAGAUACUGACUAAAUAUUUAGAUACUCAAACCUCUAGUGACUCAAAAAAAUAA